CCGGUCCCUGAAGAGAGCAGCAGACCCAUCACGAUGGCCUCACCCUUCCUGUCCUACGUCGCCGUCUGUAUCAUCAGGUCUAUCACCACUGUUCUGGCCCUGCCAGCCACGGAGCCGCCGCUGGUCGGCGACCACCCCUUCGUGGCCAUAUGGAACGCCCCCACCGACCACUGUCAACGACUCCGCAUCCCACUGGACACCGCAGCCUUCCAGGCGGUGACCACGCCCUCCGCCGUGACCGGUCAGUUCGUCACCAUCUUCUACGAGGACCGCUUCGGCUUCUACCCUAAAGUCGAUACCAUCAAGCACAAGCUCUACAGAGGUGGAGUCCCCCAAAACGGCAACCUGACGGAGCAUCUGGCCAAGGUCCAGAGUCAGAUAGAUCACAGCAUCUCCCAGGAUUCCUCUCCUGGGCUGGCUGUCAUCGACUGGGAGUCCUGGCGCCCCCUGUGGGACCAGAACUGGGGAUCAAAAUGUAUUUAUCAGAAGCUGUCCAUCACUCACGCCCUGCAGAUGGCCCCAUUUUUAUCAUCAAAGCAAGUUUCCGAACUGGCCAAGAGCCAGUUCCAGCAUGCGGGCCGGCGCUUCAUGGAGAGGACCAUCAGCCUCGGUAUUGGCAAGCGUCCGAGUCGCCGCUGGGGCUUCUACCUGUUCCCCGACUGCCACAACUACAGCUGGGAAAAGCCCGGCUACUCGGGGAAGUGCUCCGCGAAGACCCAGAAGCAGAAUAACCAGCUGCUGUGGCUGUGGGAACGCAGCACCGCCCUCUUCCCCUCCAUCUACCUCCACCUGAGUCUGAGGAACUCCUCCCGGGCUGCACUUUUUGUCCGCAACCGUGUACAGGAGGCACUGAGGGUGGCGGCGCUGCCCAAACGUCCGUAUACAGUGCCAAUAUACGUCUACUCCAGGCCGCUGUACCGGCAACAGACCCAGAAGUUCCAGAGCCUGACGGACCUGGUGAGCACCGUCGGAGAGUCGGCAGCCCUCGGGGCUUCGGGGGUCGUGAUGUGGGGGGGAGUCAAAGACUACAACAGUGAGGCUGCCUGUCAGUCCCUGUCCGAUUACCUGAAGUCCACCUUCGGCCCCUACAUCGCUAACGUGACGGCGGCCGCCAUGCUCUGCAGCGAGGUCCUGUGCCAAAGGAGGGGCCGCUGUGUCAGGAAGAACUACGACUCCUCCCAGUACCUGCACCUGAACCCCAGCCACUUCAGGAUCCUGCGGGCCAACAGGAAGUACGUGGCGAUUGGUCAACCCUCCGCCGCCGACCUCGAAGCCUGGGCUGCAAGCUUCACCUGUCAGUGCUACUGGGGUUGGAGCUGUUCACCAAAACUGGUGCAGCCGACCAAAAACAAACUCAUCUGGGUUUAAUCUGUGAGGAGAGUAAAGUGUGUCCGGAACAGUGUCCCCAGCCGUCCCACAGAUUUGAUUAGGUUGUCAUUAUAAUUCCAUUUGUAUCCUAUCAUUUGAUUAAAUUCUUUCUAAAUUACAUCAGCAAUGUGUGUUUAUUGGAAAAACAGAAGACUUUAGUGUGGACAAAAAAGAAAAUCAUGAUAUAAUCAUUUUGCAGGUUAAAUCAUCAAAUGUGACGUCA